GUGCUUCAGUAAAAACGCCAGAGCUUUCCUCGCAAAUGUAGUUGCAGAGAGAGAAAGAGGAGAGAGAGUGAGUAGAGGAGAGUGAAGUAUUAGAUAGAGAGGAGAGUAAAAGGAGUGAGAGCACGAGAGGAAAGAGAGUAUUCCUCGGAAUUGUUGUUGUUGCAGAGAGAGAGUGGUUAAUGGCGGAGGAGAAGGAGUCAACGUCAACGCCUCUCGCCUCGAGGCUAGGGCAACAACCAGAGGACCCUGAAGAUCCUGAUAAAUCACCCCCUUCUUCUCCUAACUCAUCUACUCGUAAGGCUUUCUUUGUUGUUUUUCAAAGCUGGAUCUCCAAAAAAUUUAUGACUGGAUGCGUAGUACUCUUUCCAGUUGCAAUUACAUUUUACAUUACGUGGUGGUUUAUUCAAUUUGUUGAUGGCUUCUUUAGACCAAUAUACGUCAGAUUGGGCUUCAACAUAUUCGGUCUUGGAUUUGUGACUUCUUUGAUUUUUGUAUUUUCCAUUGGCGUUUUUGUCUCAUCCUGGAUGGGUGCCACUGUUUUCUGGUUUGGGGAAUACCUUAUUAAGAAAAUGCCAUUUAUAAGGCAUAUUUAUUCCGCCUCGAAGCAAAUCAGUGCUGCUAUAUCCCCAGAUCAUAACAGCAUGGCUUUUAAAGAGGUUGCAAUAAUACGCCACCCACGCAUUGGUGAAUAUGCAUUCGGUUUCAUUACCUCUUCACUUGUCCUUCAGAGAGACAAUGGAGAUGAAGAACUAUGUAGCGUUUAUGUUCCCACAAACCAUCUAUAUAUUGGUGAUAUUUUUCUUGUCAACUCCGAGGAGAUCAUCAGGCCUAAUCUGUCUAUUAGAGAAGGCAUAGAAAUCAUUGUCUCUGGGGGCAUGACCAUGCCCCAGCUAAUCUCUGAUUUGGAAAGAACUCCUCGCCAAGGUGAGAGAAGCUUGCGAAUGAACAGAAUGUAACUCAGUUUUGAGAAGGGUUUCUACUCACUUAAGAGCAUCAAAAGCUCCAAUUUUGAAGUUGCAGAUCAACUGCGAAGGCAUGUGUGACUUCUCAUCAUCAGGCCUAAGGUCGAAAAUUAUCAGAAAGAAUCCAUAUCCUGAGCCUCCAAGAUUCACAGCCAUGCGAAAUGGCAUGCAUGUGGGAACAUGAAUGCAUCAUUCUUGUAUGCUAUCAUGGCCAUGUUUGGUUUAGUCAUGCAGGUCGGGUUUGAUUUUCUGUCCAAGAAUGCCUGUGCGCAUGUGUGCUUGUGCUUUGGCUGCAUUUUGCAUGUGUGUUUUGUGUUUAUCCAAUGAUAAUGGUUCUUACUCUAUUCAA